AUGCCGGCGCCAUGCAACUUGAUCGACGCCGCCCAUCGCUUCCCUCUUCUCUCGCGCCUCCUCCGCACUUCCCGUCUGACGCCCUUGCAGCUCCGGCAGUCCCACGCCUGCAUGCUCAAGACCGGCCUCCACCUCCUCCCCCUCCCCGUCAGCAAGCUCCUCGCCGCCGCAUCCUCCCUCGCCGAACCCGCCUACGCCCUCUCCAUCUUCCACUGCAUCGCCUCCCCCUGCCUUUUCCACCACACUGCAGUCCUUCGGAGCCUCUCCUCCGCCCCCGGCGCCCGCUCCGUGGCCGACGCCUUCUCCCUCUUCCGCUCCCUCCACGCCUCCCCCGGCCUGGUGCUGAACCAGUUCGUUUUCAUUCCCACCGUCAAGGUUCUCGCCCAAGGCCUCCGCCUCCAGCUCGGGAGGCAGCUCCACGCCCUGGCGCUCAAACUCGGCUUUCUCCUCUACGUCAACGUCAGGAACACCUUGAUCCAUCUCUACUGCCGCUGCGGCCGUGUUUCAGACGACGGACUCCAUCUGUUCGACGAAAUGCCCCUUCGAAAUGACAGAGUUAUUCCAUUGGGUAAGGUUGUUUGA